UGUAGCCAGAUACUAUCAGUGCUAAUGACUGACCUUCAUUUGGACUCACCGUAAUUCAUCGCACUUGCACUGCAUAACCUCAGCUACUCAUAUGCUGAAGAACAUGCAGGAAUCCGCUAAAGACUGGAAUAUUUCUUUUGCCGGCUGUGGAUUUCUGAUGGCUUACUACUGUGGAGUCUACAGCUGUUUAUUUGAACGGGCCCCAUUUCUACUUAAGGGGGUGAAGAAGAUUUGUGGGGCUUCAUCUGGUGCCCUCAUGGCUGCAAUACUAGCAUGCCAGAUGUCUCCGGCCAAAUGCUGUGAACAUUUGCUGGAAAUGUCUCGGGAGGCUCGGAAAGGCACUCUGGGUGCUGUGCGUCCCUCCUUCGACCUGCUAAGGACCGUACGACGCUUCCUAAAUCGUGACCUGCCCGAUGAUGCCCAUCUGCUCGCACGUGGACGGCUGUUUGUGUCCCUCACGCGAGUGUCAGAUGGGACAAAUGUGUUGGUGUCUGAAUUUGACAGCAAAGAAGAUCUCGUUCAGGCUCUGAUUUGUAGCUGCUUUUAUCCACUGUACUGUGGCGUGUUCCCUCCAAGCUAUCGUGGAACAAGGUAUGUAGAUGGAGCACUGAGUGAUAACAUGCCCUUUUCUAGUCUGAGGAACACAAUCACCAUCUCGCCUUUUUCUGGAGAGAGCGACAUCAGUCCUUACGGCAACCCUUUUUACUUCCAUGAUAUAUACUACAAUAACGUCAGCAUUCACAUCAACUUCAUCAACGCACACCGAGUGGCCAUUGCAUUUUUUCCUCCAGAACCAGAGGUCCUGGCUGAGAUGUGUCAAAAUGGAUAUAAAGAUGCUUACCUGUUUUUAAAAGAAAAUGAACUCCUGAAGCUCACAUCGCCACUGUCAGAGCUGAUCCUAGCUGACGAAAAGAGAAAAUAUUUUAGUGAAAACAAGCUAAGAGUGACCGGGAAUUCUAAUAAUAUCCUUCCAGAGUCCAUCAAAAAUGUAUUUUAUGAGGCUAGCAUAAUGGAAAAUGAUGACACAAGAAGUCCCCUCUCAGUAAAGCUGGUUUACUGUCUAAUGUGGUGUGCUUUGCCAGCGGAGAUGGCAUGCGUAAUGCUUUUAAGGUAUACAUGUCAAAAAAAAAGAGUGAAAUUGAAAUUUCAAAAUCUUAAUUUCAUGCUAAUCCCUAACUAUUUUUUAGGCUUGCUGAGUGCGCUCCAGAGUUGUGGUCAUAUCUGCUGUGGAUAUGGCAGAUGACAAUGAGAACGUUUGGACAAAUAUUGAAGAAAGCUUUCUCAAUAAGGUUUGAAAGAGAUUACAAAUCUAAAUAGUCCAAAUAUUAAGUGUGACGCCCCUAAAUAACAAUUUCUUUACCAACUCCCUUCAACUGCAAACCCAACCCAACAACCUCUUCUACCUGUUCUUACAUGCACUGUGUAAAUAUAUUAAAUAAAGAGGUUUCAAUAACGAUUUUAAUCUUUUUAAAUGGCCUCUAAAUUAAAGAUAUCAUUUCUAAAAAUUACAUCAGAUCAGUUUGUU